AUCCGCAUUACUCAACAAGGAUCUUUGAUUCCGUUACUAUCUUCAAUAUGUUGAGUAAAUCACCAACAUUUCAUGUUCCAAGAAGUCAUAUCUAUGAACACGAACGACAAAGUCAUCUCUACCAUCCUCACAAACAUAAUAAUAAUAAUCUGACCUCCAAUUUAAGUUCAAACUUUAAACAUAACCAUCAAGUAUCAGACUCAAAUAUGUUUCGUUCAGAAAUUAUAUUUAAUUCAAAACCAAGCACAUCACCAUACAAAUAUACUACUGGCAAUAACAGUAAUCAUACUAAUACGAGUAGUAUUUCACCUACAAAUUCAUGUUUUUCAAUUUCGUCUAUUGAUAAUCUUAAUGUCCGUCAGCAAAAUGAUCUUGAUAAUAAUGAUACGGAAUACGAUGAUGAUAUCAAUGAUGGCGAUUAUGAUGAUGUGGACGAUGAUCAUAGUAAUAAAGAUGAUGUGGAUGAAUUAUUUUUUAUUAUACCCGCUCAAGCAUCAUCAUCAUCACCACAUGAGGUACAAGUAAAACAGUACAACACCUUUCAUAGUGCUGUAGAUACUAGUGAUUCAGGAAAUUCACACUGCUUAUCAUCGAAGUUACCAAAUCUUAAAGAUCGUAUAACUCAUACACAAAAUAUAUGGUGCCUACCGAAUUUAAGUAGAUCAGAAUCAGAGAAAUUGUUGAAAUUCGCUGAAAUUGGGAAUUUCAUCGUAAGAGUCAAUCAACAAAAUUCAAGUAUGGUGUUAACUCGUGUAUGCCCACCAACAACAAUACUACGUACAUCCAGCAGAAUUCGGGAACACUUCAGUGGCUGUGGUGUUGGUAGUAAUACUAAAAUUGGUUUCUUGCCGAUCAAACAUAAUUUAAUUGAGAUACUCCCACAUGAUGGUUAUUGUCUAACUGGAGAUAAGAAGAUGCGUUUAAUAUUCAAAAGCUUGAUACAUCUAAUUGAAUUCUACUUACGUGUUCAGGUCAGUUCACGUAGUUCAUUUCUUCGUCUACCAAUGGUAAUCUGUCAGGCUAAAACAAUGGAGGAACUUGAAAAAUAUAAUAAACAAGGGAUAGAGUUUUGGAAAUCAAUCAAUAACUGGAAUAUUGACUCAUUUAAAUUACAUCGACAGCGGCAACUUUAUAAUUCCAAACUUUCAAAUUGUGAUAAUUCAAUGAAAGCAUCAAUGUUAUUAAAUCAAAAAGAUGGAACAACGGUCGUUGAGCCCCCAUUAUCAUCACAACAGCAAGAACGCUGGAGACAAAUGAAUAUUAAUAAUAAUAAUGAUAAUAAUAUGAAUAAUAAUGGAGACUGUAAGUCAGUAACACAUGUCCGUCCACGAGCAAGUUCAUUAAACAAUCGUUCAACUCAAAAGCAACAGAAUGAAUAUAAAUUUAAACAAAAGGAUAUUGAAAACAUUGAAAAGUUUACUCGGUGUAAUAAUACUAAUAAUGCUAAUGCCAAUAAUAAUAAUAAUAGACUGAAUCAUACAAACAUCUUGUUAGAAACUAUGAAGCAAAGAUUAGAUCAUCGGAAUAAUUACGUUCAUAAUAAAACAUUAUUUACAGGCAAUCCAGGACAAAAUGUUACAACUACCGCCAAUACAUCAACUACUAUUACAACUACUCAUCAGAAGAUAUCACCUUUAAAUAAACUCAGGGCUAAUGAAUCAGUAGAAUCAACACAUCAAAUUAAUCAAAAUAGAAGUCAUCAAAAUGGGGUAUAUGAAGGAGCUGAGAAUGAAUUCUGGGAUGUUCUGCUGCAAGCCAAGUCAUUAAAUCCUGUUCAAACUGGGGGAUCACAACUAUGGCGCUUUUGGGAUCCAAAUCAAACGACAAAACAUCCUAAGAAUAUGGACAAUACAGAAACCAAUGAAACUACUACUAAUACUACUAAUAGUAAUAGUAAUAAUAAUAAUAAUACUGACAUUGAUAACAGCGCAUCACACCAGAUGAAAGCCUAUGCCCCACCACGCUUUGUUCAUACGACACCAUUUAAUCCAUCCAGAAUGAACAACAACAGCAUCAGUGAAGGCAAUGAAUUAACAAUUCCCCAUGAAAUUGUCAAUUCACAAGACAAAAAACGUCAACUGAAGCAUCAAAUCUCGUUGCCAGCUGAAAAAUCACAAUCCUCAUUAGAUGCAUACUAUAGAAACUCUACAGAUAAAGCAACUACACAGUCAUUACACAUCAAUACGGGAAAUGCUAUGCGCGAGAAUAAGAUAUCUGAUUCUGCUAACAAUAUCACAACUGUUGUUACUGGCGAUGCUCCUAAUAGAAAUAUCAAUAAUAGUAGUAAUAAAAAUCCAUGCUCAAGAGUGAAACUUCCAAAUUAUUUCACGCGAAUAGUCGAUAGUGGUAAUAAUAAUAAUAGUGUCAUCGAUCGAGACGCUAUGACAAAUCCAACUUAUUUGGAUGGAUCAUUCAGUGAUGAGCUAACGAUUGAUACAAAAUUUGGUAACAUUGAUGAAAAACAAGAGGACAGAAAUUUUACAAACCAGAAUGAUAAAGACAGUGAAGAUUGUAUCGAUAAAAUAUUAUCUGAUUAUGAUGUAAUAGUUGAUAAAGAUGAAAAUUAUCAAACCACAAGAUGUUCAUUGAAAUUGGAUGAUUUGAAGGAGCUAGCAACACCACAAACAGUUGGACAUGUGUUUGUUAUGAAAGCUAAGGCUUAUCCAAUCGACGAUUACAAUUUCUUAUCGGGUUUUCCAAAUUGUUCCGCCACCACUACUGCCGCAGCUAUUGUUGCUGACACUUCAACUUCAUCCUCUUCAUCUGUUAACAAACUUUCAAGUACAACAACACCAUCGCUGUGUGAAGAGUUGACAGUCAAAUCCACGAAUGAUCAGCAUCUGAAUACAUCAACAUAUCAAGAGGUUACUAAGGCAAUAACCAUUGCUACAACUACAACGACUGAUAUUAAUAGUAUAUUUCACUCUAUGAAUACAAUCAACAAACCUAAAUUACGACGUGCAUAUACAACUAAAAAAUCGUCUAAACGAUCACAACCCUACAUGGAACUAGCCUCUGACGAUUAUUUAAAUGAUAAUAACUGUAGACGGCAUGGAUUAUUGUUUCUAGGUGAAAGUUCAACAUGGUUAAGAAAUAAUAUCUUACCUACAGAAGAGAUUGACAAAAUCACCCGAAUACACAAUAAUGAAGAAGGAAAUACAUUACAAACAAACAAAACAAAAGUAUCAUCCAGUUCUACAACCAGUCAUCAAUUCAGUCAGCCAUCAGCGUCAACAACACCACACGUGAAAGACUCCAUGCUGUAUACACCCAUGACUAGUAUCAUCUAUUCAGAACGCUUUCGUAAUAAUGGUCCAGACUCCGAGACAUCAGAUAUAACAGAUACAUUUGUAAAUCAUUAUAAUAAUUGUAAAAAGUAUAAUGUCAAACGUAAUGAUCAUUUAAUCUCUAUUGAAACUAUUGGUCCACCUGAGAGGAAUUGUUUUCAAGGUCAACAAAAUUCAAGCGUGAGUGCUUCAACAGAGACGGCAGAAAGCACAAUGCGAUCACAAACUAUGAGAGACUUGGCUGUUUCCGAGUGUCCAAGAGUGACACUUUUGUCAGCGCCUAGAACACCACAGUCUUCUGAUAGUCAUCAAUGUGAACAAGAUGCGUGGAAUACAAGUUCAAACAGACAACAGCAUCCAACACGACAGCAAAUAUCAUCGGAUUCUCAUCAAAAUAAGAACACAAAAGUGGAAUCGAACGCAUCAUCACCUGCAGCUAGUAGUCGAGCAAGUACUGUGUUUUGUCCACCAUGGGAUACUGCACCGAUUGGUCCAUAUCUUGCAGACUUGUUAAAAUUAAAUCCACCCUUUUCAAAUCUUGAUGAUAUUCAAGGUAAUGAUUACGCUCAACAACAACAAUCAAAUCAAAGAAAUUUACAUCAACCACGUAAAGAUUCUACAUUUAAUCGACGAAAAACACUUUCCAGUGUUGAACAUCAAUUAUGGAUUGAAAAGUUAACUGCUGAUUAUAAUAAUUAUUGUUCUUCGUGUUCAAUAACCUCAACACCACCAUUUAUAGAUGGUAACAGUAAACCUGAUAUAAAUAAUCUCUUUUGGUUAUGGCAACGACAACAACAACAGUCAAGUAGUGAAAGAUUGAAAGAGUUAUCAUCAACUUCAUUGGGAAAUAUAGAUUUUUUAAAGAAACUGCAGAAUGAUUUCGAUACAACAGUAGGAACAAUACAAAAUGAGACGGAGAAACCACCUCCACUUCCAAUGAGAUCUCGGCGUGGUCUAGCUGUCAGCAACAGCAGCAACACUAACAGUAAUAACUACAUAGAUAAACAUUGUGAUUUAACUAUGCCAAGAAACAACAUCUUAGAUUUCAAAAGGUGCCCAAAAGAAGAUUUUACAGAUGACAUUAGUCCAUAUGCCGUAACUGCAUGUCAUUCAUUAGCUGAAGGUAAUCAUAAUCAUCAUAAUAAUAAUAUUGAUUUCGUUCGAUCGAUAACUGAAGACAAAGGAUUAACAGAGGAUCGUUCACUGAAUACUCCAAAGCAUCUACCUCUUUCUUCACCUUCGCAUACCACAUCUUUGAAUGAAUGUCAUACCAGUAACUUCAGUACAACUGCAUACACUAAUCUCAGCCUUCGUAAUAACAUUAAUAGUAACAGUAACAUCAACGUCAAUGCGGCGAAUACUAGUAGCAUUUUUACUACUACCAGUAAUACUGCUCACAGUGAUAUUCAUAAUAAUGACAGUACCACUGUUGAAGAACUCCUACCCUAUGAUUAUUCUUCGAAUAGAUCAAUGCUUUUUGAUUGCUCUCAAACUUCAUCCAGUUAUAAUCAUUCUGAAUUUACAAAGAUGGAUAACAAUAAGAUCAAUAAUAGUAAUAAUAACAGUGGCAAAAUAUGGCCAGAUAAUUAUGUUUAUGCUCAAGUUCUACCGAAACACUUACGUGGUGAAGAUCAACUUGUCGACUGUAGCGCAACCCAAUUCCGACCUGAUUUAUUCAAUGCCCUACAGAACUGUGAAUUGAUAAAUUUAAAAAAAUUAGAAAAUUUAUCAUUAGAUAAAAAUGAAGGUUAUACCAGUGGCUUACACACUGGACAAUGUAUUGCCCCAUUGUCAGCAGGUGAAGACGUCCUUCCGUCUUCGCCAUCAACACACUCUCUUGCAUCAUCAUCAACAUCAUCAGUCGACUCGAAGACAUCAAUUUCUUCGUGGAAUUCUUCUGAUUCUUAUUCACCUAUAAUACAGAGUAAAUCAACAGUAAACCAAAAUCAUAUGGAGGUAAAUUUUUCAACAGUAAGAAAUCAAUCACUCCAGUCAAUGACUGCAAAUCAAUCGAAAUCGGAUAACCUCCAUCAUAACCCUUUGCAACAACAAUAUCAGAAGUCAUCAGAACGUCAUGAUAGUGCAGAUAUCAAUUGCAGCAGUGAUCUUCCCCGAAAAUCAAAGAAAGUUGGUCGAUACAUUAAAAAGUUUUUUCAUAGAUUAAUGACUGGUUCGAAUAGUCAUAUUGCUGCACAAAUCAAUCUAUUUCUGGAGUGUACAAAAGCAGGCAGUGAACGUGGUCCUUAUAGAACAAUGCAAUCAAUUCGUCAGUUCAUCGAUGGUAUGACUAAUCAUCUACUCAAAAAUCCAGAACUUGGUCUUCCGAAAGCUGUUGAACGAGAGAGAGAAAAGUUGAAUGAAUUUGGUUAUGUCAAUGUCGGUUUUCAUUUGGAAUCUGUUCUACAACGAUUCAUCCUCAAACCACUCCACUAUCAUGUCAUAAAACUGUUGAAACAAGAACAAAUGAAAAAUGCAGAUUUUGCGAAUAUACGAAUCAAAGUACAAAUGUUGUGUAAUCCUCAAACUGGAGCUUCAGAUCUUGGAAUACAGACGUGUAUUGGACCACCUAAAGAAUCGGUUGUACAGUAUGUCGCUAAUACGUAUUCACGUUUGGAGAACACUUAUGCAGUGAAUCAAAAGGUGAAUUAUCUUGUCUCUAUAUUUAGCUAUAUUCGGAAAAAUAUAUACAAUGUGAAAUCUGAUCAAGAAGUGGAUGCCAGUUCGUUAACUGCUGAAGAUCUUUAUGCUUUCUACGCUUGGGUGUUUGCUCGAUCUGGUCUACUUCUUGCACCACUUAUUCCAGACUCACAUAACCCCCGGUUACAGACGCAUACUUCCUCAUCAAUAGACAAUAACAGAUCAGUCAUUUGUCCAGCUGCACUACAGGCUGAUUACCUUGAUGGUGUUUUAAACAACCCACAGUUGAAUGAUCAAGCCACUGGAUUGAAGGAUUUAUUCGGUACACUUUAUUGGAUAUGGAGUGACAAGGCGUUGCAUAGAUCAUGUGAACCUAGCCCAUUGUUGAACAGAAGACAACUGAAAACUGAACAGAAUACUUCGUCACCUUUAAUGAAUGAUAAACAAGAAACACAGUUUUUUGAUGAAUCUCCGUAUGAUGUAACCAGUCCGUUUUAUUCAGGCUCCACAAAAUUCAUUCCACAUAAUCAUAGCAAUAGAUCACCACCAUUACGACAACAACAACCGAUUGUGGAGGGAAGCACAAGCUCAGGUUAUGGUUUAUUUCAUUCAACAGUAGAAAUUACUAGACGACGAAUCAUACCUCCACGUCGAAGAAAAACUGUUACUGGCGUAAAUUUACCCAAAGUACUCAAAAAUGUUGGAAAUCCUUCUUCAAAUGUAUUACGUAAUGGUAAAGCGUCAACAAUUGACUUAAAGGUAACUGGUGCUAAACAGCUUUCACCUCUUUCAAAACCUCAGUCUAUUUCCCACUUAACAUUGAAUGAAGAUCAUUCUUAUCCUACUCCUACGAAUAAUAAUGUAUCACCACCGAGAUGGCGUCCAUGGAUUGGACAAUCCACCUUAACUACACGUUCAACUAAUACACUUUGUAACUCUACCCCUCCAUCUCCUGGCCCUAAUUCUGUCCAAUCGAAUACAGAUCAUUGCUUACAAGUUCUAGUUAUGAAUGAAGAAACUAGCCAGCUACAAGUUCUAAAUUAUCCAAUCAGGCCGAAUAUGACAGCCAGAGAAUUAAACAAUUUAAUCGCAUUUCAGAUGAGAAUAUUUGAUUCGAAAGAUUUUGGACUAUUUGCCUACAUCAAUGAAACAGAAAUCCAACUAGAAGAUGAAUUGCGUAUGGCCGAAUUUACUGGCGCGAAUUCAGAUGUGUCUCACUCAGUACACACGCUUCCAAUGGCAUUCAAUACAAUCACAACAACACCAUCACGUUCUAAAGCCGGUACUCUGAAUUCACUCAGAGAUCCUGAAUCGCUUCCAUUUAGAAGUCACAUCUCCAUUAGUUCUCGUUCUGAUUCUACAACAAGCAGUUCAUCUGAAUCUCGAUCACAUCAUACAAUAUCACGUCGUAUUCGAAAAUCUAGUCGAAAUCGUCCUGCAUGGUGGGUGAUGUGUGGAUCAAAUGGUCAGACAAAACAUCACCUAGUUGGUUCAGUCCAAAAUCCGCCCUGUACAGAGUCAACAGGUCAACAAGAAAGCCUAGUUAUACAUAAACCCGUCUUAGUUUAUAGGCGCAAAUCUGGUUAUUUCGCCUUAUCUGAUCGUUUAUUAGUUGGAUUGAAGUCUCUUCAACAACAAAAUCCAGAACAAUCUUUCCCCAUAAUACCUUGAGUAUGUUCGAUGAUUUGAAGAAUAAUAUGAAUGAUAUGAAUAUUAAAUUUCAGCUUUUGAAAUUAACUUCCAUUUAAAAAGUUAAUUUAAUCCCGCUGCUUAACAAAGGGCCAUAUGAUACAAUUUUUACUUAAAGUUUUAUACUACUUACAAUUGAAUUCAGUAGCUAUAAUGUAAGAUCAUGUGACAGACUUGGGAUCAACUAAAUAACAACUCCUAAUUAUGUGCAUUUAUUUAAAAUCAGAUAUUUAUUCUCUCACCAUUGUUUUUUCGUGAAUAAUUUUUCUCUGUUAAUCAAUUGACUCAGUGUAAUCAAAAAAUUUGCAUAGACGUGCGUUACGAUACAAUAUAUACGUCUCACGUAUUUUUUGAGUCUGAUGUUACAGUUUCAUGAACUGUUGCUUUUUUCUUCUCAUUCAUUUAAAAUUCGAGUUUCCAAGUAAAUACAUAACUGAAAUAAAUAUUUUUGUUU